AUGGUGAAUUUCACAGAGAAUGCAACUGAGAAGUGCACCAUUAAUCAUGAUAUCCACCAGACAUUAUCCCCUGUGGUAUACGUAUUUGUGUUUAUACUAGGCUUGCCAGCUAACUGCCUGUCACUGUACUAUGGGUAUUUACAGAUCAAGGCUAAAAAUGAAUUGGGCAUCUACCUUUGCAAUUUGACCGUAGCAGACCUGCUCUACAUAUUUUCAUUGCCUUUUUGGCUUCAGUAUGUUUUACAGCAUGACAAUUGGACCUACAACGAGCUGCUGUGCAAAAUCUGUGGCAUCCUGUUGUAUGAGAACAUCUAUAUCAGUGUGGGCUUCCUCUGCUGCAUCUCCAUUGACCGCUACCUGGCAGUAGUGCACCCUUUUCGCUUUCAACAGUUUCGGUCAAUGAAGGCUGCUGCCAUUGUGAGCAUUGUUGUCUGGACCAAAGAAAUAAUGACGUGCUGCUUUGUCUUUACACACGGGGAGAUCAGCAUGGAUGCCGAGAGCCACGUGGUGUGCUUCGAGCACUACCCCAUCAAAACAUGGGAGCACAAUGUCAAUUACUACCGCUUCUCUGCUGGCUUCCUUUUCCCCUUCUUUCUACUGGCCUUCUCUUACUGUGGGAUUUUACGAGUUGUCCACAAGAGUCAUGGAACUCAAAAGAAGAAAAAAAUCCAAAUUAAACGACUAGUUUCAAGCACUGUUUUCAUUUUUUUAGUUUGCUUUGGACCAUACCACAUCCUACUGGUGGUUCGCAGCUUGUUGGAGAAAAGCUGCUCAUUUGCUGAGAAAAUAUUUAACAUUUACCAUAUUUCUCUCCUGUUGACUACUUUUAACUGUGUUGCUGAUCCAGUAUUGUACUGUUUUUCCAGUGAAAGCACUUACCAGAACUUUGCCAAGAUGCGAGACUCUUGUUUAACGUGUUUAGGGUGUCUGAGGCCUGAGACAAAGGAAUCCUAUCCGCUGAACGCUCCAGAAACUCCCAACAGGCCACAGCAGGAGCAACAAACAGGGUUAUUACACAUAUCACGUGAUGAUAUUGCAAUGAAGGUCUCCUCCACAACUAACAGGAACAGCCUAUAG